AUGCUUUGUCAUAGAGUGACUGGUAUUCUUCCAAAGUUGGUUAACCAAAACCAAGGGGCAUUUAUAAAAGAUAGAUCUCUUGCUCAGAAUGUCUUAAUUCUCCAAGAUCUCUUAAAGGGUUACAAAAGGAAGUAUAGCUCUCCUCGGUGCUUAUUUAAGAUUGACUUGAGCAAAGCCUAUGACUCAAUCGAUUGGGACUUUCUUGAAGACUUGCUGAAAGUUUUAAAAUUUCCUGAUCGCUUCAUAAGAUGGAUCAUGAUUUGUAUGAGAGGUGCUUCUUAUUGCCUUAUGUUGAAUGGUCGCCUUCAUGGUAACUUUCAAGGAGGCAAAGGCCUUCGCCAAGGCGAUCCCAUUUCUCUGUUAUUGUUUGUUAUAGUUAUGGAGUACCUUACUCGAUCCUUAUUUCAAGCAGCUAAAGGAAAAGGUUUCAAAUUUCACCCAUUAUGUAAAUCUUUAAAUCUAAUUAGUCUAUGUUUUGCUGAUGAUUUACUUAUUGUGUGUAAAGCCAAUACUAGCUCCAUUCAAAUUAUUCAGCAUACAUUAGAGGAGUUUUCAGCUGCUUCAGGUCUGCUUAUCAAUAAAAGCAAAUCUAGAGCUUAUUUUGGUGGGGUUUCAGACUAA